AUGAGCAUAGUACAACUUAACUAUAAAAAAUAACCAAUCUAAACUUAUGAGUAAGAUAAUUAAUAAUAGGUGGUGAUGGAUACUUUGGAAGAUAUACUCUUAAACAAAGGAGAAACUAAAUUGUGCUUUAAAGCUAAAAAGGAAACCCAAAUAAAUGUUAUUUUUGUUUAGAAUAAAAUCAUUGAGACAGAAAUCCCCUAAUAGAGAUAAUAUUAAGAACAAAAAAUAAAUCGAAAUAGUUAACUCUCCCCCUUUUAUAUAAAACCUGCUCCAAACCACAACUAUAGCAGGUAAUAUCCUGAAUACAUAAAGAGAAUAAACUUUUUGCCUAAAGGUGAGGGAACUUAAAAAGAGAAUAAUGAACUCAAGAAGAACCAGGAGUAGAAGGAGGAAAGAAAUAAACUUAAGGAUUUUGUGAAUGAAAUUCAAUUUGAAAGUAAGGAGGCGGAUAUUAAUGAAUUAUAAUAGAUAAUUCUAGCCAAAGAAGAUAUCGUUAAGUCACUAGAAGAAUAAAAGAAUAUGAAAUAUUCUGGAAAUUAAGUUAGAUUGAGUGAUCAAGAUAAAAUAAUUAUGUUAGAUAGGAAAUUUACUUAUUUUUAAGGCUACCUAACGAACAGAAGUAAAUAUUAAACCUUGCAAAGUUCAAUAUUGGAGAUUAAAAUUUUUAAUGUAACCAAUGACUUUGAGUUAAGCCUAAUUAAAUAAUAUACAUAAGAGAUGCAGGAGAGAUAUGCUUUUUAUAUUAAUUAUGAUGAAGGAGUCUAUGGGAAUCCUCUGAAAAUGAACCUAAGUACAACAGAUACUCGAUAAUUUUUAAGUGAUUUUAUCUGGAACAAUGGUAGUCCAACAUGGAAAAGGAAACCAUAUAAGUAAGUUAAGGAUCGUGUGGGAGUGGGUGAUCUAAUAUUUUUAACUCUCCAUCAUGUGGUAAGCAAUUAAUUAAGGCCAUUAGGCCUCUGUACUGUCCAAAGUAUCUUCAUUAUAAAGGGUAGUCUGAUCUAUUCCUCAGUCUUCAAUUUGGAAUUUGCAUAUUUCUCAGGAUUAGGAUAUUAUUGCGAUAAUUAAUAAUUUUCUAUGUUUAAAUACGCUAGAUACCCAGAGGAUGGAGAGGAUGGUUAUUAAAAUGUGGAUAUAAUCAAAGUAACAGAAACCCAGAUUUGCGGAGUUUAUUUAUGA